AUAAGUUUAAUACUGACACAACUUAAAAAUCAUCAUGGAAAACGAAGAAAGUAAAGUAAAUUUAAAACAACAAAAAUUCUUACAAAGUUUUAUGUCCAAAGGAAUUUUGGACACUAAAGAAGUUAAAACGCUGCUGACAGAGUUGAAUGUGCCAACAGACUCUGCAGAAGAACUGUUGAAUCUAGUACACUCUACUAAUGAAGCAAUAGCACCUUUUAAUUUGGAAAUUAGAAAAGGAAUCCAAGAAGAUGAUGGUGCAAAUUUUUAUUGUUUGGUUAAUACUGUUGAAACUCCAAUAUCUCGUCUUUCAUCAACCUAUACACAGAGUGAACUGGAGCUUUUUAAGAAAUUGAUUGAGCAAAUAGUGGACUCUGAGGAUGGAAAAAUUGGUUCACUGGCAGCUCUAUCAUUAACUGAUAAAGUGGAAAAAAGAAUUGGCAAAGAAGAAGCUCAAGAAAUAUUUGACAGGUUUGAAAGAGACAAAUGGAUUAGAAAAGACAGAGAUGGUAAAAUAUCUCUCAGUGUUCGAAGUCUACUUGAACUGGACCAAUAUUUGAAAGAUGUCUAUUCAGAGUUCAUCAAACUCUGCAAUAUUUGCUCCAAGAUCUGUCUUUUGGGGGACACGUGUGCCAACUGUGGAAUAAAGAUUCACCUAAAAUGUGCCAAGUCCUUGUUUUCAAGGCAAGGGGAGAAAAAAACUUGCCCAGCUCCAGACUGUAGAGUUGUGUGGGGUCAGAUGAGGACAAAAGUGUGACAUACAGCAUUCAAAACAUUCAUUGCCCUCAUUGCUCAUGGUCAUUGAAAAAUAGACCAACAGAUCAGCAGCAAGCUCAAAACCCAGCUGGAGAGUCUUUAUCAAAUGAGGUUUGCAGGACAUGUCCUCCAACAAUAUGGAUUGCACCACAAGAAUAACUUUAGCAUUAAUAUGGAGACUGAAAUGAGUAAAGCAUAAACAGGGACCUCUUCAUAAAACAUGGCGGUACUCCUUCACAGAUGAUCUCAGAGCAGUAGACAUCAUUUGAGAGCCUGCAUACAAUACUGAAAACCAAUUUCUAUGGAGGCCAAAAGGUGUGAGAGGAUCUAAGUCUCAGUAAGUCUUUUAAAACUGACAAUGUGAAAGUUAUAUGAAUUAUAAAUAAGAAUAAAUGACGUAAAUUUAACUCUUUAUCUCUUUUAACUGAAUUGUCUUAUUUAACCUGCCUCUUGAGCACCAAAUCUUUAUAGGGACUAUUUGCAGCCCAAUUAACCAAAAUGGUUCAAAGUAAGUUUUGAGCCUCAAACAAGUUGGAAUGUUUAUCUCUCACACUUUAAUUGGAUUACUACUGUAAAAGUUGUUGGAAAAAAUACUUAUUUCAAUAAUUGA